UUUUUUUAUAUUAAUUUUCAACUAAGAAAAAUCUUUGUUUAGCAGAAGAAAAAGCCAAGCUUCCGUCGUUGGCUAAAUGGCUGGUUGCCAACUCGAUCAUCUUCUUCUACCCACCGCCACGAUCAACGUUUCCUUCUUCUCAACCUUAUCAUCCUCAGCCCUCCGACUCUGAUCUCUAGCCUCCAACCUCAGAUCUGUCCUAAAUUCUCCCAAACAUUCCGGCUUGGUGAUCUGGAACCGCCGUAAAGAUAUUUAGGUUUUUCUGAGGUCACGAUGGCGGCGAAGACGGCCAGAUCAAAAUCCACACCGACGAAAGAAAACGGUGUCAGAGUCGAGGAAGGCCUGAGUCUGUUCAAGUCUGAUAAGUUCGAUGCUGAUGCUUAUGUGCAAUCCAAAUGUUCUAUCAACGAGAAGGAUAUAAAGCAGUUAUGCUCUUAUCUAUUGGAUUUGAAGAGAGCUUCUGCUGAAGAAAUGCGGCGAAGUGUUUAUGCUAAUUAUCCGGCCUUUAUACGUACAUCAAAAGAGAUAUCAGACUUGGAGGGGGAGCUAUCAUCUAUCAGAAAUCUUCUCUCCACUCAGGCUACUCUAAUUCAUGGCUUAGCAAAUGGAGUUAACAUUGAUGACGAUAAAGUAUCUGAUGGAUCUCUCGCAAAUGGUUCGUUGAAUUUUGAAGACAAUGACCUCUCUGAUCUGGAGAAAUGGGCUACAGAGUAUCCUGACCAGCUUGAUGCUUUAUUAGCUGAAAGAAGGGUAGAUGAAGCUCUGGCAGCUUUUGAUGAGGGAGAAAUUUUGAUAUCUCAAGCAAACGAAAAGCACACUUUCAGCUCUUCUGUGCUUUCAUCUCUUCAGUAUGCUAUUGCCGAACGAAAGCAAAAAUUGGCUGACCAACUUGCCAAAGCUGCUUGUCAACCAUCAACUCGAGGUGGGGAACUUCGGUCAGCUAUAGCAGCUCUCAAAAGGCUUGGCGAUGGUCCUCGAGCACAUACCGUGCUUCUUGAUGCCCAUUACCAGAGAUAUCAAUACAACAUGCAAACUCUUCGUCCAUGUAGCACCUCAUAUGGAGGGGCAUACACUGCUGCACUUUCUCAGCUUGUGUUCUCAGCUAUCUCACAGGCUUCUAGUGACUCGUUGGGAAUCUUUGGGAAAGAACCAGCAUAUAGUUCUGAGCUUGUGACUUGGGCUACCAAGCAGACAGAGGCGUUUUCCCUUCUUGUUAAAAGGCAUGCAUUAGCUUCUUCUGCAGCAGCAGGAGGACUAAGAGCCGCCGCAGAGUGUGCACAGAUAGCUCUUGGGCAUUGUUCUUUGUUGGAAGCUCGUGGUUUGGCCCUCGGCCCAGUGCUCUUAAAGCACUUCAAACCUAUCGUGGAACAGGCAUUGGAGGCAAAUCUUAAGCGAAUUGAAGAAAACACUGCAGCUAUGGCUGCUGCAGAUGAUUGGGUGCUGACAUACCCUCCGGCUGGUAGUCGUCAUGCUAGUACAGCAUUUCAGAAUAAGCUUACAUCCAGUGCCCACCGCUUUAAUCUGAUGGUCCAGGACUUCUUUGAAGACGUAGGACCUCUUCUAAGUAUGCAGUUGGGAAGUAAAGCGCUGGAAGGUCUGUUUCGAGUGUUCAACUCAUAUGUAGAUGUGCUGAUGAGAGCACUUCCUGGUUCAAUCGAAGAAGAAGAGGCAAAUUUUGAAGGUUUUGGUAAUAAGAUUGUCCAAAUGGCUGAGACCGAGGCACAUCAACUUGCAUUACUUGCAAAUGCAUCAUUGCUAGCGGAUGAAUUACUCCCACGUGCUGCCAUGAAACUCGCUCCUCUUGAUCAGACUAGUCACAGGACAGACGACCUAAGGAGACCUUCAGACAGACAAAAUCGUAACCCUGAACAACGAGAAUGGAAGAGGCGUUUACUUAGUACUGUUGACAAAUUAAAAGAUGCAUUUUGUCGCCAGCAUGCCUUAGAUCUUAUCUUUACCGAUGAAGGAGAUAGCCAUUUGUCCGCAGAUAUGUACAUAAACAUGGAUGGAAAUGGCGAUGAUGUGGAUUGGUUUCCAUCUUCGAUAUUCCAGGAACUUUUUGGCAAGCUUAACAGGAUGGCAAGCCUAGCAGCAGAUAUGUUUGUAGGAAGAGAAAGAUUUGCCACAUCUUUGUUGAUGCGAUUAACAGAGACUGUGAUCUUAUGGCUUUCUGGAGACCAGAGCUUUUGGGAUGACAUUGAGGAAGGUCCUAGACCUUUGGGACCUCUCGGCCUACGUCAGCUAUAUUUGGACAUGAAGUUUGUCAUAUGCUUUGCCUCCCAAGGUCGCUACCUAUCCAGGAAUUUGCACAGGGGAACUAAUGAGAUAAUAUCUAAAGCCUUAGCAGCUUUCACUGCAACAGGACUGGAUCCGUAUAGUGAGCUGCCAGAAGACGACUGGUUCAACGAGAUAUGUGUCGAUGCGAUGGAAAGACUGAGCGGUAAGGCGAAAGGAAACAAUGGGGAAGUCCACAGCCCGACUGCUUCAGUUUCAGCUCAGUCUGUUUCAUCAGCAAGAUCUCAUGGCAGUUAUUGAACCAACCGCAUCUUGCAUUUGUAAAGAAGGUGAGCGGGGUUAAUAACUUUUGAUCUUCUCUUUCUCAGCUCUGUUUUCCAUGAGCCUUUUUUCUUUUGUAGAGUCUCCAAUUAUUGAUGGGAUGAUUGUGGGGGUUUGUAAAUGUGGUUGACUUGAAUUUUUCUUUUAUUGGUCGUCUCUUAUCACUCUAUGAAUGCAUUCUUUGGGUUAAGAAGUGAAGAGAAUGUUUGAUCUUUAUUCCCUAUGUUACACUCUGUAUCUCUUUUGGUAAUGGAUUUGAUGUGGCUUAGUUGAAGUCUUGAAGAUAUCUUAAACUUCUCUCUUUUCUAAUAUUAGAUAAAUCUUAAAGUAGCUGG